UGUUCCAAGCCAGAUCUUCAGUAUCAAAAUUAUUUAUGUACCGGCAUGGUGAAAUAAAGGGAACUUAGGAAAUUUUAUAUCUGGACUAGGUAUAUUUGGUGUAUUAGUACCCUACUAAGUGUGAACUGUUUUGUACCAGUACUCAGGCUCUGAUACAAGGACUUUGAUAUAUUUUUGUUGCUCUGAGAGGACGAAAGAUUGCAAUUCUGUUGAUUCUCGUUACAAUGUCUUCUAUUCCACUUCACUAGAAUCCUGACAAAUUGCUAAAUAAAAUAUUUAAAAAGAAAAACAUGAUUAAAUUAAUAAUUUUAAAUAUGGAAUUAAAGUUUAACAGCAUGAAGAAAAUCCAGAGAUUGUCAACCCCAAACAGACCCAAAAGGAUCCAAUGUACUGACAUAAGAAAGCUGGCUUUAAAAGACCUCGAUCAAAACAACUGUAUGAGUAGUAGAUCAAUAAAAUCUCUAAAAGGAAAGACUAUUUUCCUAAGUUCCAAGAAUUCCUCGAAUAGAGAAGAGUCACCUUUCUCUGAAGUUGAAUCACCAAGUACCUUCAAGCACCUUCACGGAAGAGUGAAGUCUUCCUUCUGCAACAAAAAGGAGGAAGACAAGUUAGAUAAGAGAAUAUUCAAAUUCGAUGGUUUAACCGACUGUGAUAGAAGCUCAAGUCGUAAUGGCACAAGACUAGAGCCUAUUUCCCUUGAAUGAACCAUGCCUAAAGCCAAAAUCUCGACUUUUUCAAAGAAGAAAAAUAUCCUUAACCUAAAAUCGAACCAAAGCAGUAGAAAUAUGGCUAAAUCCACCUCAAAGACCCAUGAAAAAGACCCUAAAGCCUCUAAAUUUAUCAAGAAGAAGAGAAUCAUUAUAAAAAAGAGAUCUAAAUUCGGGGAAUUAGCAAGCAAGCAGGCAAGGAAUGACCCGAAGCUUACCGCAAAUUUUGCUAAUAUUGACAAAAUAGAAACUCCAAUUGAGGAAGAGAAAUUUGCAUCCAAGAAGACUAUCAAUGAGCUUAAUAUUUUCUUCCAGAAAUAAACCUUUCUCUGAA